AUGGAAUAUGCCUCAUGGAUGACAAUUGAUGUCCAAUUCAAUAACCGUAACCAAGCCAUAGGAAAAGAGGGUCGAAAGCUUGCUAGCUUUCUUGGCAUUAUAGCUAGAAACCCAAAAUUAACACCUUUAAACAUAGAUGAUUGGAGAAGUUUUGAUCAAGAUCAAAAAAAGAAAUUGGUGGAGCUUGUGAGGAGGAAAUUCUCAAUCCCCGCACGUGAUGAAGAUUUUGUAAAAAAAUCACUAGGGAAGAAAUGGAAAAAUUACAAAUGUGAACUAAGGUGUAUGUACAUGACAAGGUAUAAGACUAGAGAUGCCUUGAUAAAAAGUAGACCAACUCGUAUACCAAGGGACCAAUGGACUGGUCUUGUCUCUUAUUGGUUUUCUGAUAAAGGAAAGAAGCGUAGCCAAGCAAAUAGAAAUAAUAGGACAAAGCAAAAGAUGCCUCACACUGGAGGAUCCAAAAGCAUUGGAACCUUAAUGGCCGAAAAGGAUGUGAUGCAAGAAAAAUUGAACAAUGGUGAAGCAUCUAAUGAAAAACCUAUUGGUAGUGUUGCUUGGGAAGGAGAUGUGUAUUCCCAAGUAUUGGGGGCUGAAAGAAGUGGCUAUGUUCGUGGCUUAGGGCUUGGUCCAACACCUUCUUUGUUGUGGGGUUCUAAAUCUUCCAUAGGAAGUACUUUUGCUGAUAAUAUAUCUAAUGGGGUAGUACAAAGAUUAGAGCAAAAGGUGAGGAUGUUAAAGGAGUUAAAGGAAAAACAUGAUGAAGAAAUGAAUUUGAUGAAACAAAAUCAAGAUAAGUUACUUUCAGAACUAUCUUUCAUUAGAAAAUUCAUGUAUAAACAUUUUCCAAUGGAGCUAUCUAUGCCUCAAAAGUUCAAUGGAAGCUCAUUUGGACAGGUCUUUGGUACUAAUAUUGGCCAGGAAAAAGCACCAGAAAUGCCACAUAUGCCCUUUGGUACUCAUGAAUCAAAAUUACCUACAAAAUCUAUUGCAACUAUGAAAAUAGAAUCACAAUCAACUAAAAUUCCAAUUGUUAUAGUGGAAACAGAGGUUAACAAAAACAAUAUGGUUCAAGCUGAUGACCUCACUUUCUUGCUUAAGCUUACUAGAAAAGAUAAUGAUGAAGUUGUUCGCAUACUAUCAGCAAAGGUUCUUGGCCAAUCUGAUCUUAAAAUGGAUGUUGAAGUCCCUAUUGAUUGA